AUGAGCGUUCAAGGCCCCAAAGGAGGCAGUCGAGGUGGCGACGAUGGCGAAGACGACAAAGAUCAGAAUCGCCGUAACACGAACAAAAACCUACCUAAAGACGCCGAUUGGUGGCAAGCAAUCCGCAUCGCGCCGCGAACGGAGGAAGAAGCAGACGCCAACGAUAGAACCAAUAAGUUCCUACAUGAAGCCGAUGACCAGCCACUGGACACGAGCUACACUUUCGACUCUAAGCAGACCUCCAGGAGCACAGAUGAUGAAAGCGAAACCGGUGACAAGGAAAGCUCUUCAUCUUCCACCGAGGACAACAAGAGCAAAGCAGACGAGGCAGGCGACAAGCAAAGCCUUGGCACUCCUGCCAAUGAGAGACCGGAGAGUCUUGACAAAGUAGGCGACAAGAAAUCUACUUCUUCCUAG